AUUAAUGUAUGCAUGUAUGUGUCAAAUUCAGUCGCAAAUAAAUCUUCAAACAGUCCACACGUCUAUCUCUAAGAAAAAUCCCUACAUACAAAUAUCAACCUUAUUACAAAGAACAUUUGGUCGACAUCGAACCGGAGGAGGAACCAGAUAAGCGAAGUCCAGCCGGCCGGCGAGAACAAUAGAGGACCGCAUUCCUGAGCCUAUAGUUGCUAUCUGCAGUUGCAAGUUAUAAGGAAAUUAUGACAAAUUAAAUAAAGUGAAGAUUAUUAAGUUGUGUUAUCGUGUUGUUUACGUGAAUGAACAAGUAAAUACUGCAAUAUGAGUACUAAUGAACAGUUAAUUCGUGUUUUGGAGGAUACAGCAUUAUUAUUGAAGAAAACUGUAACUAAUUUGAAGAAAUGUCCCAAACAACGUUUAACUAAAGGCUACUUAGAAUCUCGAGCACAGUGUAUCGACGCUUAUUGGAAAACAUUUACAUCGGCGCAUAAACAGCUGGUACAGAAUACUACAAUGCAGGAGCGCGGCGAGAUGCAGUACUUUCUUAAGGAAGAUUAUUACGUCGUGGAGGAGUUAUACCUAUGUUUACAAGGUGAUAUCAAGGACACGCUCGCUGUUGCCGCUCCCACACAUGUUCAAGGAACAAGUUCGCUGGAUAUCACGAUGUUCGAAGCUGUGCAACAACAUGUCAAGUUACCUGCUAUUGUUUUACCUGUGUUUUCUAAUAACUAUGAAGAGUGGCCGACGUUUCACGACUUGUUUACGUCGUUAGUACAUAACAACACGAGUCUUAGUAAGGUUCAGAAACUGCACUAUUUAAAGUCAAGUAUCGCCGGUGAAGCCGCUGCCUUAUUGAAGCAUGUUACGAUUACAGAACAAAAUUAUGAGUUAGCCUGGGAGACUUUAAAGCAAAGGUAUGGUAAUAAGAGGUUAAUUGUGAACUCCCUUUUGAAGAGAUUGUUUAAUCAAAGGAAGACUACUACGCAAACAUCUACUCAAAUAAAACAUCUACUGGACACUACGACGCAAUGUUUGAAUGAUUUACAAAAUCUUCAAGUGAAUAUUAACGAGUGGGAUCCGUUCAUAAUAUACCUGGUAGUGAACCGACUCGACAACGAAACUCAUAAGGAUUGGGAGGAACAUGCCUACAGUUUAAGUGCUGAUCAGUUGCCCAAGUGGACUGAUUUAAAGAAAUAUCUCGAGUCGAAGUUUCGCACGUUAGAACUAGUUAACCCUGUCACGGCUACCGUACCUAAAGAAGCAAAAUCAAUUAAGGAGAAGUCUUACCAUGUAACAACACCAUCGAAAAGCUGUGUUUUAUGUAGGGAUGAACACACUUUAUGUCACUGUCAAGAGUUCACGAAAAUGUCACCUGUGGAGAGAAUUGACUAUGUGAAGAAAACUAAAUUAUGUUUCAACUGUCUUCUUCCUGGACAUUCUGCAUCACGAUGUCGUCUUUCCUUUUCAUGUCGUAUAUGCAAAAAGAGGCAUCACACCAUGAUACACCAAGAGCAGAAUAAGGAGUCAGUGAAAACUCAAGCUCACCACAGUCAGCUUACACACCACGAAGAAGACCCGCAGAACGAUGAAGAAGUAGAAGUGGUGGAAAUUUCGUGUAACUUUGCCUGCAAGAAAUCCAAAGGCCUGCUAGCGACGGCAAUGAUAUCCAUUAGGGACGACGAAGGUCACGUGACUCCCCUUCGUUGUUUAAUUGAUCCAGGGUCAGAGUCAAGCUUUUUAAGCGAACGCGCAGCACAAGCUCUGCGAGUCAAGAGGUCACCUGUGAGAGGAACUGUUACCGGUGUCGGCGACCUCCAGAUCAAGAUCAACAGCGCAGCACAUGUUCAAAUAUUGUCAAAUCAAGAUGACAGUUUCCAGCUAGAUGUCAAGGCUUAUAUAAUGCCCUCAAAGCUCACAUCACAACUACCAUCAAGGAAGAUAAAGUAUGACCCACAAGCCUGGUCACACAUACAAGGACUCACUCUGGCUGAUCCUAAGUUCCACCAGCCAGGGCGAGUAGACAUGCUACUUGGUGUAAAAGUGUAUGCACAAAUACUAGAAGGAAAGGUUAAGAAAGGUCCACCUGGCACUCCAUGCGCUCAAGAAACAAGCCUAGGUUGGAUAAUAUUCGGAGACGUAGAAGGCACAGCAGACACUUUACAAGAAACCAUAGUUGUGAUGCAUCAUCAGGUCGACGUAGACGACAUGUUAAAGGCAUUUUGGGAGAUAGACACUACAGAUACAAAGAAGAGUCUCACGAAAGAAGAAGAAAGGUGUGAAAUGAUUUACAAGGAGACGCAUACAAGAAACGAAGAAGGAAGAUACAUAGUAACGUUACCAUUCAAAAAAGAAGAACCACUAUCUCCAAAAGGACACACAAGAGACAUCGCCAUGCUGAGACUGAAACAACAAGAAAGAAGAUUCGAAAGGGAUCCUAAUCUGAAGAAUGAGUAUGUUAAAGCUAUAGAAGAAUACAUGAAACUAAACUACAUUGAAGAAGUUCCUGAAGAAGAAGUUAACAAGGAAGCAGUAUACCUACCAUAUCACGCUGUGAUUAAAGAAGAAAAGGAAACUACAAAGACUAGAAUAGUCUUUAAUGCUUCUUCUAAAGGCUCCAAUGGCGUAUCCCUGAACGACGAGCUCCUAAUCGGUCCCCAUUUACAGGAAGACAUGCGAAAUCUAGUCAUGAGAUGGCGCAUGCGACGUGUAGCCAUGAUAUCAGACAUAAAGAAGAUGUACUUACAGAUUCUGAUGAGCCCGAAGGAUACCGAUUUCCAGAGGAUACUAUGGCGUAAAAAUACAAGCGAUCCAGUUAAACACUACCGACUGCUUCGCGUGACUUUUGGCACUGCUUCUGCGCCUUAUCUUGCUGUCAAGACGCUCCAACAAGUGGCAGAAGAUGAAGGCAAGGAGUACCCGCUUGCAUCGAAAACCAUAAAAGAAGAUUUUUUCAUGGACGACCUGAUGACCGGGUCAGACACCGUGCAAGAGGCUGUAGAUGUUGCCAAGCAGAUCACUGAAAUAUUGAAGAAGGGAGGGUUUGCACUCCAAAAAUGGGCUUCCAAUAGCACUGACUUCCUAAAAGAAUUUGAACCUUCAGAGAGAAGUACGCAUGUCAAGAUUGAUAUCGAGCUAGGAGGUACAAUCAAGGCCCUGGGACUGUGCUGGAAUAUGGGCGAAGAUAUCUUCCAGUACACUUUGAACUUAGCAGAUCCACCUGAAGUCAUCACGAAACGAAACAUAUUGGCUGACAUUCAGCGACUUUUCGAUCCAUUGGGCUGGAUAUCUCCUGCGUUACUGCCUGCAAAGAGAAUUAUACAGAAACUUUGGCUCUCACAUGUUGGCUGGGACCAUGAAGUAAACGAAGAAAUAAAGGAAGAAUGGCUAAGUCUACGAAAUGGAUUAGAGGAAAUUAAGAAUAUAAAGCUAGAUAGGUGGAUGAAUACGACACAGGACUCGAUGGAAGAUGUCACUAUACACGGCUUCUGCGAUGCUUCUAAUUAUGCCUAUGGCGCCGUGGCUUAUCUUCGCGCUAAAACACAAGAUGGAGAGUACAAGACGACUCUAAUAGCAGCCAAAACAAGAAUAGGACCUGUGAAGCCAAUGAGCGUCCCAAGACUUGAACUGUGCGGAGCUGUUCUACUAUCAAAACUGCUGAAACAAAUAAGCGAAGCAACCCGAAUACCUACCAGUAAGAUGUACGCGUGGACAGACUCUACAAUUGUGUUAUCCUGGCUGCAUGGAGAUCCUGCAAGAUGGCAAACAUUCGUAAGAAAUAGAGUGGUUGCCAUACAAGACAUUAUACCAAACCAAUGGUAUCAUGUUCGAACUACGGAGAACCCUGCUGACAUUUCAUCACGAGGUAUGGCGUUAAGUGAACUGAAGAACUGCGACCUCUGGUGGCAUGGACCGCAGUGGCUGAAACAUAAGAACAUACAAUUAGAACAUCCAAUAAUAGAAGAGACAGACCUGGAAAUGAAAAAAGUAACAAUACAGGUUAACCUAAAUAGAGAUGAAAAUACAGAAGUUUACAAAGCCUUACCUGAGAAGUUUGAAGACUAUGAUACUUUACCUGAUUUACUGAAGUCCAUCGUUUAUGCCAGAAGAUUCUUGACGUACCUAAAAGAGAAAAACACAAACACGGACAAGACAAUAACAACACAAGAAUUAGAGAAGGCACUACUAGUAUGUACAAAGGCUGUGCAAGCAGAAUAUUUCAAUGAAGACAUAGAAAGCUUAAAAACAAGAAAAAGAGUAAGCACUAAGAGCAAAUUAAGAACUUUAAACCCUUACCUUGACGAAAACGACAUCGUCAGGGUGGGCGGUAGAUUGUGCCAUUCUGAGCUAGAUGAAGAACGAAAGCAUCCUAUAAUUUUAUGUAAAUGUCACUUUACGUACCUCAUCAUGCACGACCCGACGCCCACCGAAGAACCUUACAUGGGCGAUAUCAGCUGA